AAAAAAGAAAUAAAAAAAUAUAGUAGUAAGUAGUAACUACUAAGAUUUUAUAAUUUUUUUCUAAAAAGAAAAACCACUAAGAUUUUACACGUAGGGCCAACUCACACAAAGAUGCCCCAUCCUAACAAUCACCCAUGGGCCAUAAUCCCUCCUAACUUUUUGCGCUUAUAUAAACCCCCUAACACCCUUAAAAUGUAUUGCUCUUCUCUUCAUAUAAAAGUCUCACUCAAUAACAUGGCUUCAUUUUACUCCGAUGCCUUACUCCACCAAAAGCCUCUUGCAACUCACUCUACCACCAUCACUUGGCCUAAACGCCCCAAGAUCCGUCUACGGAGACGUAGCCGGAGGCUCCCAUCGGUCCAACUCGGCGGUACGAAACCCCGGAAAGGUUUUUUCCUAGCAAGAAUUUUCCGGCGAAUACGUGUAAGAUGGCUAAAACUGAAUUAUUCUUGUAUGUUGAGAAAGCUUAAGCGAUACUAUAAGUCAUUAAUCAAGGAUUUAAUUGAAGCUAACGCAUCAGUGAAGGCUUAUCCACAAAGACUUUUUAUAGAUACCUCCUUUGCUGUUCCUGUUGUUGGUCUUUCUCAAUCGAGCUACUACCAUGCAGGUGGUGUUAUGGGAAAUCCUAGAUCCAUCAUGUUGUGAUCAACAUUGAAAGCUUUUUUUUUUCAUUUUACAUAAUCUGAUGUAAUUAUUGAACCUGUGUUCUGUUUUUUUUCUUUUUGUUUCUUUUUGGUGCAAUAAUCAUCCAACUUGUAAAAUCAUUUUCUUUUACUCUGUUGCCAAAUUAGUUGUCAAAUUGCUAUA